AUGGUGGUGGCGAUGCUGGCGGAGCGGAGCCGGCGAGGCUGCUCCGCCCGGGCCGGGAGGGGGGUUAUCGAUCAAACUUGGCGUGAGGCGGGCUGGCAGCCGCCCGCCGCUCCGCUCCGCUCGGCUCGGCCCGCCCGCCCGGCCCCGGCGCUGGCGUCUCCCGGCCGCGGCGGCGGCAGCAGCGCUCGGGGCUGCGGUCGGAGGGAGCUCAGCGGCCUCACGUGGGCCGGCCCCCGGGCUGCAGCUGGCCCCUUUAAAGCUGCAUCGCCUCGGUGUGUGUGUGUGUGUGUGUGUGAGAGAGAGAGAGUGCGGGGGGAGCCGAGCCGGAGCCGGGAGAGGAGGGCGGGGGGGUGCGAGGGGGAAUGCGGCCCGGGUCCUGCCCGCGCCCGGCGGCGGGGCAGGGCAGGGCAGGGCGGGGGAAGGCGGGCGCUGAAGGCGCCUCAGGGCCGGGGGCCCGAAGGCGGCAGGGGCGCCUCAGGGCCGGGACACGACGCGAGAGGCCCCCGUGAGGGCGGGGGCAGCCGGGGGCCGGCGGGCCUGCCCCUCGGCGGGCGGAGGAAGGCGCCCGAGGGGCGGGGGCGGCCGGGGCGAGGGCCGGCGCGGCGCUCCGCCGCCCCGCCUGAGGGGAGAGGGGCUGGCGUCGAGGCGGGAGCGUGGGGGCGGCCGGAGGGAGGGCUGGAAGGGGCCGCGGGGCAGCCGGCAAGGAGCGAGGAGGGACGAUGCACUUUUCCCGGAGGGGCUGCCUGCCCUGGCCCCGAGUUAUCCCCGUCCCUGCUCCGGUGCUAACGCCUGAGGGGGGAGGCUCCCGCACUCCUCCGCCCACGGUGCCAUGAAGUCAAGACAGACAAGGACGAGUUUAUCCCGCACAAGGGAAUAUUAGGUCCUCCCCAACCUCCUCUAAAGGACGGAAAUCCAACAAAGUCGCCCUGUUUCAUCCCUUAUGCUGGGAAAAGACGGACAGGGAACAUCUCUGUCAGAAGCUGCGUCGCUCCAGCACAGAGCACAAAGCGUGGCCUACCCCGUGGCCGCAGGGCAGCAGGCAGGCGCGUGUUGGACGUCCUGUGCACCGCUCAGCUACCCACCUCUUGGCUGAGCACCGAUCUCGAUACGCCCCUGGCCUGCACAUUCGUAGGGAGCUACUGUGCUUCUGCUCGAAGCUUGGUUCUCCGAGGGCUCCGUCUCCUUGACACCUCGCUAUAUGAAUCCUGCAGCUCUUUUCACUGCUUCGAGGCUCACAAAACUGCAGAAAAUGGAGACAGAAAAGAG